CAUUAGACAACAUCCAGAGGGAUGUGAGGCUGAGGGUGAGCCUGGCUUAGGAGAGUGGGACCUUCUGCUGCAGCCUGUCCCGCUGCCGGUGCAGUGGGCAGCCAUCCCUCACCACUCAACGGCAGAGCCCACUCAGGAUCCAACCCCUGGGGCUGACACAGCAGCAGGAAGCCGGAUGCUCUGAGCCGCCCCUGCGGUGCCUACAGGAGCUGGUGGCUGGGUUCCUUCGUGAGGAGCUCGGGGGAUGUUCAGUGCUGCCGCCAGCCCCGCAUCCUGCAGUGAGCAGAUACACACCAGGGACAGCCGGGACAGCAGAGCCUCGGAAUGGUCUCCUCUCCAGAUCCUGUCACCAUGGAAAUUCCCCCCAAGAGCCCUGAUGGGAGUCAGAAGUCUCCUCAGUCCAAGGAGCUGCUGACCAGUAACACAGCCAGCACCCUCUGCAUCAGCUCCCGGAGCGAGUCUGUCUGGACCAACACAUCCAGAAGCAAGUGGAACAUAUACCACAAGCCUGUCAUUGUCAUGUCUGUUGGAGCAGGCGUCUUCCUCUUCGGGGUGAUCAUCACCAGCCUGACUUGCAUCCAAAGCAACAACAAAAAAGUCUACAAAAUGUGUGGCCCGGCUUUCCUGUCCCUGGGACUGAUGCUCCUUGUCUGUGGCCUGGUCUGGAUCCCCAUUAUCCGGAAGAAGCAGAAGCAGAGAAGGAAGUCAAAGUGCCUGCAGACCCUCAGGUCCUUCUUCUUUAACCGCUGAGGGCAGCCCAGGACCUCCUCUGGAAGGCUCCCCUCCUCUGUACCCAUCUCUGUUGGUUAGCUGUAGUAAGAACCAUGUCCCUGUACUCUCCUAGAGGACUGCAUCCCAUUAAGUCUCUUCCCUACAGGUGAAACGCACUGUGUCAGUCUCCAGUGGGAAAAUGAACUUUGUAUUUCAUUCAAGUAACGCCAGAGAAAAAGAGAUCAGGAUUUUGCAGCUGAGCCCUGCAUGACAGGUUCCAAGCUCUCUGCAUCACCCUCCUGUGCAGUGAUCAACCCAAUACCACAUACAGGGGAAAGCAAAGCUCCCAAGCAACCUGCUUUCACCAAGCAGCUUCUGCAAGAUGCAUCAGCAGAGGGG